AUGGUCACCCAAUGUUGUCAACAAUGCUAUUGUCGUGAAUGUAUCCACAGUUGGCUCUCAAACAGCAAUACCUGUCCUAAUGAUCGCAAACGAUUGUAUCGCGAAGAUGUCUGUCCGGCGCCCAGACUUGUGACCAACUUAUUGAACAAAAUGCAAGUCAAGUGCGAGUUCUAUGACAAGGGCUGCGAAUCGAGUAUGAAAGGCGUGAUUGAGACAGCUCGUAAUAACCUGGAUGAUUACCAAGUGGUUUAUCAAAUUAAUAUAUCGUCGUCUAAACUAGACUUAUGUAUAGAGCGGGCAAAGGAGGCCAUCCGUUGCAGUGACACCUACACCGACAUAACGAGCCAUAUAUUCAACGCGUUUAAUACACGCAAACGGUUUUCCAAGCGCUGGCACUGCAUAGCAUUCGCGGGCACUGGCGGUGAGUCUCGG